AUGAGCUCCCCCGGCGCGGAGGGCGCGGGCAAGCCCCUGCAGUACCGCGUGGACCACCUGCUGAGCGCCGUGGAGAGCGAGCUGCAGGCGGGCAGCGAGAAGGGGGACCCCACGGAGCGCGAGCUGCGAGUCACCCUGGAGGACAACGACCUGUGGCUGCGCUUCAAGGAGCUCACCAACGAGAUGAUUGUCACCAAAAAUGGCAGGAGGAUGUUCCCGGUGCUGAAGGUGAGCGUGUCGGGCCUGGACCCCAACGCCAUGUACUCCUUCCUGCUGGACUUCGCGGCGGCCGACGGGCACCGCUGGAAGUACGUGAACGGCGAGUGGGUGCCGGGCGGGAAGCCGGAGCCGCAGGCGCCCAGCUGCGUCUACAUCCACCCCGACUCGCCCAACUUCGGCGCGCACUGGAUGAAGGCGCCCGUCUCCUUCAGCAAAGUCAAGCUCACCAACAAGCUCAACGGCGGCGGGCAGAUCAUGUUGAACUCCCUGCACAAGUAUGAGCCUAGGAUUCAUAUAGUGAGAGUUGGUGGCCCACAGCGGAUGAUCACCAGCCAUUCCUUCCCAGAGACCCAGUUUAUAGCUGUGACAGCGUACCAGAACGAGGAGAUCACAGCUUUAAAAAUUAAAUACAAUCCAUUUGCAAAGGCAUUUCUUGAUGCAAAAGAAAGAAGUGAUCACAAAGACAUGAUGGAGGAAGUGGGAGACAACCAGCAGUCUGGGUAUUCGCAAUUAGGUAGUUGGCUUAUUCCUGGAACUGGGACUCUGUGCCCACCUGCCAAUCCUCACCCUCAGUUUGGAGCACCCCUGUCACUCUCCCCUGCUCACAGCUGUGAAAGGUACUCAUCGCUGAGGAAUCAUCGUUCUGCCCCUUACCCCAAUCCCUACACCCAUAGAAACAACUCACCAACAGCCUAUGCCGAUAAUUCCUCUGCCUGCCUUUCCAUGCUCCAGUCCCAUGACAACUGGUCCAGUCUAGGAGUUCCCACACAUACGACUAUGCUGCCCAUGAGUCACAGCACUGGCACUGCUACCAGCUCCAGUCAGUAUCCUAAUUUAUGGUCUGUGAGUAACAGCACCAUCACACCGGUGUCUCAGUCAAGUGGGAUGUCCAAUGGCCUGAGCUCCCAGUUUUUACGUGGCUCUCCAGCACACUACACUGCCCUUCCACACCCGGUCGCUGCUGCCUCCUCUGCAUCCCCGCUGUAUGACGGCGGUGCAACUACAGACCUUCCUGACAGCCAGUAUGAUGCCUCUGCACAUGCUAGGCUAGCAUCCACGUGGACACCUGUCACCCCACCUUCCAUGUAAACCCAGACCUUUUCCUUUAAUAUAAAGACUUUCUAGCUACUGAAUUACUUUAAAUGCUUAAUCCUCAAAGAAGAGAAAAAGGAGCCAUGAAGUAAAUUACAGACAAGGCAUCUGCACUGCUUUGCAUAGAGCAACUAAGUUAUAUCUCUGCUAGUAAACAGAGCAUCAUACAAAGUUUACAGACCUGGUGAGCGUGCAAUUCUCAGAGCAGAUUUGCUGCUUUUAAUCUUUUUUAGUUUGAUGGAGAUAGGCCUAAGUUAUAAAAUUUUGACUUAGAUUCCAAAUUUCUCAGUGUUCUGACAUAUUUGGAUCUGAAGUUUGGCAUCAUUCCUAUCUGGACAACUUUGAGUAAGUUGCCCCUUAUUGAUUUUUCAGUUAACUUUCUUUAUGGCAAACUUAGCUAUAGUCAUGAAAAGACUUUUAUUAACAAUCUAGUUAGAAGCAUUCUCAAAUCUGCACAAAUGUAGCUGAAGAGUAAAGUUUUAGAAAAUCAUGUGCACUAACACGUAUUUGUCUCACAAAUACGUUGUGUCUUAUACUUAACUGUAUGCUUAUUUCCUUGCUGCUGAAUUAAAUGAUAAGACAAUCUGCAAGAACUGUUUUCUUCCUAAUAAAUGCAGUAUUAACAAUUUGUCUAAAUUAUUUUACCCAAAAGGCCCCUUUCUGAGGUAAGUUUUUGCUGUUUGAUCAUAUCGUUUUCAAACACUUGUCAGCCUAGCUAAGCAUCUUCAUUUCAAACAGCCAUAUCUAAAACCUUUUCAAGUUGGUGGAAAAACAUUCACUUUUUUGUGGUCUCUGGCUUAGGCCUUUAGGGGCCUUCAAUACCUGGAGAAUCAUUCUAAUUUAUUUUAGUUCAAUAUUGUACUCUGUUGAUCUAUAUUUAUUAUUUGGUAAGUUGCAACUUUGUUUUCUACGUGUUGAAAUAUGUAUAUAAUCCAUCAAUAUACUGUACUCUUUAAGACAAUCAUAAAUGGGAUAUGUCACCCAAUGGCACAUUGAACAGCAUGGAUGUAAGUAGUUAACUUACUGUAAGAGGGAAAACUCUAGUUAUCAAUAAUUUGGGAUAAAGUACACUGACUGCCUGACUUGCUGGAAAGAUCUGGUGUUGAUAAGGUAUUUCCUUCAGGACUGAUAUUAAGUACUAUCAUCUACGUUUUGGGUGCAGGCUAAUUCAAAACACUGGCUCAAAGCACGCCCUUGGACAUGUCCAUUUCUCCCAUUGACUCUAGCAAGUAUAUGUCCCAAGGAAAGUGGAUUGUUUUGCAUAAGCCAUAAUAAAUAACUUUUAUAAUGAAGUGCCUAAUAUUAUGAAGCAGAAUUCUAAAUCAGGGAAUUUGUUAAAUAUCUCAUCAAUGUGUGCUCAUGUGCUACAGUGGCAGCUUUGAGAUAAAAAAGCAAAUAUUUGCCACCACUUUCGUCUCUUUGGAACCAUAUGGGCAGGUCCCUGUACCUUGAAAGACUUUGGUAGGGUAUUCUUCCUGCAGAAGGAUUUAUGUAGGCAUGUGCAACUGCAGGAUGCAGUCUCCCAGAGGUAUUCCAGCAAGAGACAGCACCAGAAAUAGAUGGCUGUAUAACUGUGUCCUCUGUCAAUACUGUAAAUAUUGAUCUAAGCUCUCCUAUUUUAUUUUGAAGGAAAAAUGUGUAAAUGAUGUAAGUGCAUUAUUAUUUAGAUUAUUUUGUAGGAGUUAGCAAAGUAUUUUUUUUUUUUUUACUUGGAUUUUGGAAGUAUAAUUUAAGUUGAAAAAAAAUAGUAAAGGUUCCUAAAU